UGGGACGGAAAUCCGAAUCUAUAUUCUCGGUUGGUACGACAAUACGAUAUGUUCAUACUUUGCGGGUUUUGGUUGAAGCCCUCUACCACAAUCGACACAAGAUGCGGUAAGCUAUAACACUGUAGCCCUUCUUAUAUUGUUCUUGCGCAAUGAACUGUAGUUUACCGCUCUGAAUUCUCCAAUGCCAUUCUCUUUUUCUGAUUCUUUGUAACAUUGAGAUUUGACAUAUAGAGUCCCUCCUCAGAGAUCGUUAUGUACAAAAAGGCAGGGCCGCCCUUGCUGACAUAGCACCACAUACGUCUGGAAUGGCAGCAGCAGCAGCGGACUGUUUACGAAAUGUAAACGUACACACUUACUCGGCCAGGCCAAUGAGACAUAAGAAACUUCUGUGUUGCAGAACGCCAACAUGCCUCCCAUGGUGUAUCCACGUGGGUCGGGCAGUUGGGGUCAGGCAGAAAGUAACCAGUUGCCUCCCAGCAGCGACCGGAGUCAAAUAACCGGUGGCAAAUCGAAUCGCCCGAGAAAACGACAACUUCAACCUCGCAAUGGAUUUCAUAUCUUGGUCGUCCACUCUUCUCAAGUUGAAUGGCUACGAAGGACCUCCAAAUCAGCAGCAACUGCAGCAGCAAGCGCGGCUUUUAUCAUCUUGCUGGCCAUGGAUAUCCGAACAAUCUAGCACUACACGUCCAGUGCCAUUAAUUUUGGAUCUCGCCGUCUUGGAAGCUGCCGCUGUGAAUCAUUUCUGGCAUCCGACAUCAACGAGUUCCCUGGCCGUGGCUAAUUUCAUCUCGUCAAUGGAUAAAAAUGGAAUUAUCGAUAAACAACAUCAACUUUCGUUUGGCAUUGAUCGUAUUCUCGGGGAUCAAGUUGGUGCUAAUCGUUCAACCGUUUUCCCCCAGGUGCCGACUCACGUUUGGUCUCGUGAUUCUGAAAGACAGAGAUUAUCUGUCGGACAAAGACAGGAAGUCACUGUUGAAAAGCAAGUGAGAGAAAGUCGACAAGAACAACUCCAGCAACAAGCGGCGAUUGACCAGCAGCAGCAAACGAGCGGCAAUAACAGUCGGCGAAAAGGCUCUUGGUCGCGUGCCGUCUUCUCCAAUUUACAGCGGAAGGGACUCGAAAAGCGUUUUCAACUUCAGAAAUACAUCACUAAACCAGAUCGCCGACAGCUGGCAGCUGCCCUCCAGCUCACCGAUGCUCAAGUCAAAGUUUGGUUCCAGAAUCGACGAAUGAAAUGGCGUCACAAUAAAGAGCCACACAACACAAAUGAAAUGUCGUGCAACAGCCCGGUAGAACAGUAUUCAGAUGUUGCGGAAAAUCUCAAUUGUGUGGAUGAGAGCAGCACCGCUUCUACACAUACCCUUCUUCUUCCCAAAGCAAUUUCGCAUCCGGCGCGAUUUUCAACCUUUAAAAAGGCUUGAUAUAGUUCAUUGUAAAAAUUAACAAAAAUCUUUUACCCGUUUGUGUUUUUGAGAUUUGAUUCUUUUCUGCCUUACCACCGUGUCCUUGUCCAGUUUACGAGUGCUCUAUUGCAACCAAUCUAUGAAGCAAUACAUAUUUUGUAAUCGUCACA